AUGGCGUCCCAACACAUCCUAGCCACGCCGCCCUCCAAAGACGCCAUGCUCAAUUCCUUCCUCGAAAUCACCCGCAACUACAAGGGCGUCUUUGCCGCGUGCAACCUCGAGGCGGAAAUGCCCCUGCUUUGGAACCUCGCAUGCAGGGAGCCGCCCGCCGUGUUCGCGGCCGUCAACGCCCACUUUUCAGCCCAAGUACACGCUUUUUUCAACGCACUGCACGACCUCGAGGACAUGGCAGACAAACCGUCCUCGGACGACCUGGAACUCCUCCGUCGCGACGAAUGGCUUCGGCCCAUCAUCAGCAUCACCAACCAGUCUUUCCACAACCCCGAAGACUGCGUGCACCGCUGCUACCACACUCGCCGCCUCACUGUCCAAAACCCGGACAGCCUACCUCUCCUCAACCGCGUCAUCCAACUGCGCAUCUUCCACGAGGAGGCUUACAACCAAGAUACGGCCAACAUGCGGCCCGUCUCCAUGCGCACGCCCCUCGAACUCGCCACCCGCCUCCCUCGCCUUCGCGAGCUAGAGUGCCCCUGGCUAUGGGAGCGUUUUCCCAUUGCCUUCACAUCUCGGGCAAUGCGCAGAAUUACCCGCGUCUGGGAGGGUCCUUGGCGCGAUGCCCGCGUCGAGUUCGGGCGGGGUGUACGCCAUGUCAUGCCCUUGUUGCCGUCCUCCCUCACCAAGGUCCGUCUCUGGUUCUGGCAGACCAACGCCUAUGGGAAUGAGGACCAGGCGGUGCAGAUGCCUGACCUUGUCGGCGCGUCGUCGCCGCCGACCAAUGAGUUUGAAGACAUGGACCCUGUGUCUGUUGGGCUGCGAGACCUGGGGAGUCACCUGGAGGAACUAGACGUCAUCGCGCUCAUCACCCCCGAUCUUUUCCAUUCUAGUGGUGACGGUUUGUUAUGGCCGCGAAUGCUGCAUCUCAAAGUAGAAUUCCACCCCUGUGCGCCUAACGGCAGCUGGUACUUUUCCGGCCCGAGAGGCGAGAAUCCCCACGUAACAGGAUUCGCCAUCAUAAGAGAGGAGCACUACCCGCCUGAACGCCCGGAAUACGACGACGAGACGCACGCCUUGUGGGAUGACGAGGAGGAUGAGUACUGGGGUGACGAUGGCAUAUACGAACACUACUCGCCCGAUAUGUUCCGCAUACGCCCCAUCGUGGAGCGCAUCAACCCUUUGCUCUUAGCGUUUGCCUUAUCUCUGCAACGGCAAAAGAUGCCCUCCCUUCAAGACGCUGAGCUAUUUACGUGGCUUACGUGGCGGCCCUCGAAGGACCGGGUGCAAGAGUAUGAAGGGAGUGCUGAGGUGCCUCCUACUUCAGGUGGAGACGAGACGGUGAUGUUCCGAUGGGGGGUGAGAUACGAUGCGCCUAAAGGAGGUGAGAAAGGAAAAGUGACGUGGCAGGUCGGUGAGGACUGGAGGCCGGAGGAAGAAGUCAUUGCGGCGUUUGAGGAUCUUGUGGGCGGGGAGGAGGAGAACAUAGAGUGGAAAGUGUUUGAGUUUAUGGAGGAGAGGGAGCAAGAUGUGGAAGCCUUUAUCCCGUGA